UUGCGUUAUAGUCGAGACGGUUUAGGUUAUGACGCAAUAUGCGUUUCCGUGUUGGUGUGGUCAUUUGUUGUCUAUUGAAUUUUUUAAGUCUUGGCCUCCAUGUUUCGUCUGCUAGUCAGCUGAUUAUGGUAUCCUAAGCCAAUUCAAUUCGUGUCGAAGGUCGUUCGCUGCCAGUUGUUCUUUACCAGUGUCGUGGGAGCGUGAAGAUUAGGAUUUGGAAUGUCAAAGUUUCUUGGAAAAAAGGCGGAGAAAAAAGGGAAAAAUUCUAGCAGCCAAAGCUCCUUUCCACCACCAUUGUCUAUCCCAAAAGUAUUCAUCACAAGCGAGGAUGAUUCAACACCACCACUAUCGAAGGAAGAUUUCCCUAUGAACUUGAGGCUGCAAGGGCAAGGAUACACCAAAGAUGAAGACGCUGCGUCUACUGCUCCACUGCUGGAUUCAGGUGCUGCUACCCCCUUGUGUGAGGAACCAACUGUCCCCCUAAACAUGGGCACAUUUCUUGCAAGUUCUCAAAAAUUGAAAACUGAAAUUAGUUCUGAAGAAAUUUGCCUCUCCUCCUUUGAGGCGGAAAAGGAUCUGGAAAUAUGUUCAAAGGAGUCUGAUGGUGACAAUCAACUCAAUCUUCCUGACUAUCCCUUUGUUAAGUGGCCAUGGAAGUACAUCAGAAUAAUUUCAACCGUCGUCGUUAUUCUUGCAAUUUUGGCCUGCUUUAGCUCUUCAGCCACAUUGAUUGCUCAUUUACCUCAACGUUGUGAUCCGUCCACCGAAUGGUGGCAAGGGAAAGUUUUUUAUGAGAUUUUCCCAGCCUCUUUUUACGAUGGCGACGGUGACAGCGUCGGCGACUUGCACGGGAUAGCUCUGAAACUAGAUUACCUUCAAAGUCAAUUGCAUGUUGAUGCUUUGCGACUUAAUUCUAUUUGCGAGGCCAACAACUACCUGGAUAACUACUUGGAUAUUGUUAACGCAUCAAAUAUCGACCCUCAUCUUGGCGAUACGAAUCAACUCAACUACUUACUAACAAGCCUGGAAAACAGAAAUAUGAGUCUAGUAUUAGAUUUACAUAUUAAUCAUAUACCCGGGGUAGUUGGAAACUCCAAACUUGCCCACCGAGAGCACCUUCUAGUGGAAAAUGUGCUUAGAUUUUGGCUUCUUCAUGGCGUUCAUGGAUUCUAUCUGAAAGGACUCGAUACUUUUGCCCACCAAGCGGAUUUAUGGAAAAACAUUGCUCAGUGGAAAACUUUGGUGGACUCUUUCAGCAGCAAGUUUUCUAAACGAAGAAUCUUGAUUGGUUCUUCUGAUUUCAUUCUUCAAUAUUCACUUCAACACCCGCUUCUUGUUUCCAAUGUAUUGAAGCAAUUCGAUCUGCUUGAUCACAACCUGAACCUCGAUCGGCCAUCAAAAUUGGAGGAGCAGAUCCGAGAUGGACUUCGUUGGGACAACGACGUUGAUAAACCUUGGAUUAUGUGGAACGUGGGCACACUUUUAAAAUCAAGAUUGGCAAAUUCGCUUGUCGACGACACGAGUGAAUGUGUUUUAACUGUUGGAGUCCUAAUGCUUGCCCUUUGCUUGCCUGGUUCAGCUUCAGUAUUAUACGGCGACGAAAUUGGUUUAGAGACCAUGACUAACUCAUCUAUUUCAGGACUGGACAGCACAACUUUUAUGCAAUGGAACUCUCAUUGCGGCGAUAGCUCUGUAGAAAACUUUGGCAAACUUUUAGAAAUGCGUCAAGACGCGCUACCUUUACACACCAAUGCAAUUCUCAAAUACGACAACGGUAUAGUCGAAUCGCGAUCGCACAAUUAUGUUUUUAAAAUGCUGCCAAACAAUACUGUUGUCGUCGAAAGAUUUUACCCACGGAGGAAUCGUUAUUUGUUGAUUUUGAAUCUCGGUAUCAAGAACGUUACUCACGAUCUUUCUAAAACAUAUUUCGGUGGCUUUACUUUGAUUAGUUCAUCAGGAAGGAAGCAGGGAUAUGUGAAACUCAACCAGCUAAACCUUUCACCUGGCGAAGGCCUGUUAUUGCUGUUAGAUAAGUGAGUGUCAGAAAAUUAUUCAAAAUUUACUGUGUCUAUUAUAUAAGUUUAUUUGCUUUGGCCACAACUUCUUCUAAUCCAACAAUCUAGUCAAGUAUAUUAUCGUUUGAUAAUUGCUAUUAAUUUUAUUAAUGCAAUGUAAUGAUUUUAGUGUUCGUAUAUAAUAUAAGAUGCUUGAAUAAUUGA